AUGAUCCUUGAGACAGGCAAAGGUGUUCGAGUGGACCCCGCCAAAGUCGCUGCUAUUCUCAACUGGGAUUGGGAUGAUUUGAAUUCAAAGUCAGCCGUUCGAUCUUUCUUGGGAUUAUGCAAUUUCAUCCGACUAUUCUGUUAUCACGCCAGUGACCUCACCAAACCGCUUAACCGGUUGCUGAAGAAAGACAUGCCCUUCGAGAAAGGACCUGAGCAAAAGGAAGCUUUCGAAGCGUUGAAGAAGCUUGCCACUGAAGCGCCUGUCCUCGCCUUCUUCAAACCUGGCCGACCAACCAAGGUUGAUACCGAUGCCUCGGGCAAAGCCACAGGUGGUACCAUGUCCGUAGCCGAGCAGAAUUAUCUUAUCCAGGACCAAGAGCUUCUCGCAGUGAUGAACACCCUCAAAGACUUUGAGCCCGCUCUAUGGGGAACUAAGUUCUUUGUUCAGACCGAUCAUCAAGCUCUGAUCUACUGGUCAACCAAGAAGCUGCUCUCAGCAAGACAGAUUCGCUGGUCGUAUUACCUGGCCAAUUUUGACAUCAUGUUCCGAUACCGCCCGGGCAAAGACAACGUGGCCGCCGACGCCCUUUCUCGUAAGACCAUUAAGAACCUUAUGGUCAAAGCCCGGGAAUUACAAGAUCGGACAUUUGCCCUGAUACCACCAGAGAAGAUCGAGCCAAUUGCCCCGAUUCAAAUACAAGGGAUCAAUGCCCUUACUACGACCGAGUUGCGAGGCGCUGAUCUGGUGGAUGUCAUCAUCGCAGAGAACGAAAAGCAAAACCUGGGCCGAAAAGAAGGAUUGCUGGUCAUUCCUGAAACCACUAUAGAUGGAAAGAUCUUCCUGUGCACCGCUUUGAUACGUGAAGCUCAUGAGCCGAAAGCUUUCGCCCACGCCGGCCAAAACAAGACCCUUCAGCUCUUAAAAAAGGAGUACUACUGGCAAGGCCUUAAUAGCAAUAUCAAGCAGUACAUCAAGAACUGGCUCCUUCACCCAUUACCUAUCCCAAAGCGCAUCUGGGAGCAUGUUGUGGUUGACGGCAAGAGCAUGCCGAAAGAUGACAAAGGCUAUGAUUAUGUCUGGGCUUUUGUCUGUCAAUUUAGCAAGCUGCUGGCUACUCUCCCUAGUCGUAAGGGAGACACCGCAGAGAUACUAGCCCACCGGUAUUACAGCGCUCUCUAUCGUUUCCUCGGUAUUCCUCACGAGUGGAUCAGUGACAAUGCCGGACCCUUUAUCUCCAAGUUUCUUAAAACCCUCAAUAAACUCACCGGAAUAAAGCAUCGCCAUGGUAGCUCUCGACACCCUCAGACCCAAGGAAGCAUCGAAAUCACAAAUGCCGAAUUGGAUCAGAAGUUAAGGUUCUACGUGGAUAAGUACCAGACCAGAUGGAGAGAGCACCUCCCUGCCCUGGACUUAGCCCAUAACGCUGCCUAUCACUCGAUCAUUGGGAUGUCCCCGUUGGAAGUCGUCCUCGGAACCAGCCCGCGUAACCCUCUCUUUCUGCCACUGCAGGAAGUGGAUUUGACGACUGACCAAGAGAAGAAAGCGUUAGAGGUUAUUAAACAAAUCCAAAAGGUCCAGGAGUUAGCACAACAGAACGCCAUAGCGGCACAGGCACUGAUAGAAACCCAAGCCAAUAAGAAGCGCCGACCCGUGGACUUUACCGUUUCUGACAUAGUAUACAACGCCGGUCCAUGGACCAUUGUAGAAAAAAGAGGCCACAGCUUCAUCCUUUACACACCACCCUGGUAUAAAGGUAGCAAGCUCUUCCACGCUGAUCGCCUUCGGAAAGCAGCUCAGAACCCGCUGCCGCAGCAACAGCUGGAACCAGAACCGCCAGUGGAGAUCAACAGAGAACCGGAAUGGGAAGUGGAAAAGAUCCUAGUAUCACGGCUUUUCGGACAGCGUCAAAGACUCCAAUACCAAGUAUCCUAG